GGCGGCGUCGACGACGCAUCGUAGUCGAGGGCGACGGCGCCCAUGCGUAUUGUCGGCGCUUGCGCACCUGCCGGCGCCCAGCAUCGAGCGAAUGUGCGUUCGAGGCGGACGCGUCGAGCUCCGUUGUGUCAAAAUUUCUGGUGCACAUAGAGUUUGAUAGAUCGAAUCGGUAGAAGGAAGAAGUGAUAGCGGCGCGAAUCUGUGCUAUGUCUAGUGGACGGAGGCAACGUCGCAACCUCCGGUGCUAGUUGGAAGUGAGUGCGAGUUUCGGCCACGGAAGACACCAUCAGCCGGCGCGACGUUUUGCACGGAGGGAACCUGCAGGAUGGGGUGCACUUCUUCGGCGGAGGAGCGGGCGGCCCUGGCUCGCAGCAAGCAGAUCGAAAAGAACCUCAAAGAGGAUGGCAUCCAGGCUGCCAAGGACAUCAAGUUGCUCCUGUUGGGCGCCGGAGAAUCAGGGAAAAGCACGAUAGUCAAACAAAUGAAAAUUAUUCACGAAAGUGGAUUUACAAGCGAAGACUUCAAACAAUACCGACCGGUGGUGUAUAGCAACACUAUUCAAUCCCUUGUGGCCAUCCUGCGGGCCAUGCCAAACCUCGGAAUCAGCUACGGCAACAACGAGCGAGAGAUCGAUGGUAAAAUGGUUUUCGACGUUAUCCAAAGAAUGGAAGAUACUGAACCUUUUUCCGAAGAACUCCUCGCCGCGAUGAAGCGGUUAUGGGCUGAUUCGGGGGUUCAAGAAUGUUUCGGUCGUUCCAACGAAUACCAACUGAACGAUUCCGCUAAAUAUUUCCUGGACGACCUGGACCGAUUAGGUGCCAAAGAUUAUCAACCUACGGAACAGGACAUCCUCCGCACAAGAGUUAAAACGACGGGAAUCGUAGAAGUGCAUUUCUCGUUUAAAAAUCUCAAUUUUAAAUUAUUCGAUGUGGGUGGUCAGAGGUCGGAAAGAAAGAAAUGGAUUCACUGUUUCGAAGACGUGACGGCAAUUAUUUUCUGCGUAGCAAUGAGCGAAUAUGAUCAAGUCCUACACGAGGACGAAACGACAAACCGAAUGCAGGAGAGUUUAAAACUUUUCGAUUCGAUCUGUAAUAACAAGUGGUUCACAGACACGUCUAUAAUUCUCUUCCUUAAUAAGAAAGACUUGUUCGAGGAAAAAAUUAGGAAGUCGCCUUUAACAAUAUGUUUCCCCGAGUACGCAGGUGCGCAAGAAUAUGGCGAAGCUGCAGCGUACAUCCAAGCACAAUUUGAAGCGAAGAACAAAUCGACAACAAAAGAAAUCUACUGCCAUAUGACCUGUGCCACAGACACGCAUAAUAUCCAGUUCGUAUUCGAUGCAGUCACUGAUGUGAUCAUAGCUAAUAAUCUACGCAACUGCGGCCUCUACUGAGAAACCUCUAAUUACUAUUCCUUUUCAUACAUUAUUGACUUUAGUACAUGGUUAAACCAAAAAAAUAAAACAGACAUGGUAGUGCCGGUGUAUUUGUUAAACGUUACGGUACUUCUCAUUCACGGGAAGUCCCGGCAACGUUUACUGUUAUAAUUGUACCAAAGUUGAGUGAGAUGUUGAAAUGUGUUCUUUUCUGUUGAUCGAUGACUUAGUUGGUGAGUUUGACGAAAUUAGUACUACAAAAACAAUACAAGGGGUAGCUCUUCUGUGCUUGAUAAUAACAUCGGUUGACAAUGUUGAAUUUUAUUUUUCUGUCUCUAUUUAAAACGUAUUUAUUUUGAUGUAAUCUGUGCACAAAAUAAGUUUUUUUAAGAUGAAUUUAUUAUAUACAAGAUAGUGUGCCAUUAAAAAGAGAUUGCAUUUAUCAACGUAUUAUUGUAGUUGCUUUCUUUUUCUUCUAAGUUAUUUGUUUUUUUUUAAUAUAUUAUGGUUCAAUGUUAUUUAUGUUUAUAUAAUUUUAAUGAAUGAAAAAGAGCUAUAUUACAUAGGUUUAGUUACCAAAUUUGUAAAAACUAAGUAUGUGUUAAUGAUAAUGUGGAACCAAAUUAUUACUGUCUGGCUCAAGUAGCGUUCAUCUACAAUAUGGUAAUUAAUAUUAAUUAUAAUAAACAUUCUAAUUAUAAAGCCUACUUGUGUGUAAUUAGUUUUGUCAAAGUAUAAUAUCAAAACAUAUUUUUAUAGAUUUUGUUAUUAUACUUUAUUGUCCGAAUUGAAUCAGGAAAUUAUGGACCUUUAAAAGAACAGAUGCAAAUAUAAUAUAAUACAUUAAUGUGUACAUAAAAACUAUAUGGCGCUUUAGCAGAUUUAAAGUAGCUUCAGUACCAUUUCGUAGCGUAGCCAGUGCAUUUACUUUGGUCAUACUGUAAUUUAAUGAAUGACAUGCAUUUUUAAAUGAUACAUUCCUCUCAAUAUUUUGUAUCUCCCAUUUUAUGCUUUUUUUACAAAGAAAAACAACAAAUUGUAAGUGUAUCUAAUUAUUCACUCUCUCUAAUUCACUGAAGCAGACGUUAUUUGAAUACAAUCAUCCAUUUUAGAGCAAAAACUAGUAAUUGUCGUAUCAGUAUAACAAAAGUAACGUAAAAUACAUAACAACUCCGACAAGUGGGCACUAAACAACCUUUUAUUGAUAUUCGAUCCUUGUUUAGAAUUUCGCCAAUUUUGUUGUGUAUUCUAUGUUAAUUUUGCGCAUACAACCAAACUGUUAUGUAAAUUGUAGUAUUUAAUAUCUGGUAGUAUCCUAUUGAAUCAUGAUUAAAUCUCUAGUCAGUUUAUUUUCUAAUUGUGACUACGGCAUUAUAACUUUUUUGUAAUUUAUUUCAAAAAUAAAAUAAGAUGUAACCCACAAUUGUUUUAAUGCAGGUUUAUGUUGUGCGACAUCUACACAGCUAGAGAAAAAGUAGUCCAAAAUGGACAAUUAAACUUGUAGGUAGGGCGCGGACAAUUUUAUUAUUUUGAAUGCACAAAACGUGAACGAAUAAAAGUUGCUUUCGCAUUAAUUAUCCAAACGAUUUUUCACACAUUUUUGUACUUGACGUCUCGUGGAUUUAAAACAUAUCUUUAAGCAAUUGGUCCUCAUUUCUUCAACUCAGUUUAUGUGUUAUUUCGACAUGCUCAUAACGCUACAUCAAUUUGUUCGAUUUAAACCAUGAGACUGUCCAAGUUUUUAGCCACAUGUACACGCAUACUAUUGACUUGUUGCUUUGUUGUGAAUAAGACUAAUUAUAAGAAGAUUAUUAAAGGUACGGCGCUAGUUAAAUGCAGUGAAUGAUGUACAUGUUUUCCAAUAUCAGUAAAUGUAACAUUCAUAACUGAGGUUGUUCUCUCAUUGUAUGUUUGUUUCUCUGUGAUGUGAAUACGAUAAAUAAAUUUUACCCAUUUCGAA